GGUGACGUCAUCCGCAUUCUAGCCCACACUGCCAGCGCGAUGUGUUCUGUGUAUGUUAAAUAAGAAGGAGACCGAGUAAGUGUGAUAUUGUGAGCUCGAAGGUAAUGAAUACGUAAAAUAGAAGCAGAAGAAGUAGUGAGAAAUCAAAGUUAUAGGUUGUGUAUCGUGUGAAUUUUUAAGUCAUGCCGGCUCAUAUUCAAUAUAGACAUGUAUCAAAGAUGCAAUCGAAUUUAAAACUUGCGUGUUAAAUUGUAACAAGUACAUAGCUGUAGGCGACGAAAAAGAUGAAGCUAGUAAAGCCGAAUUGGGUUACUCACGAUGGGUACCCAAUAUUUUCUAUUGAUAUACAUCCUGAUGGGAAGAGAUUUGCCACUGGUGGUCAAGGUGGUGAUUCUGGGAGAGUUGUUAUAUGGAACAUGGAACCUGUGGUUGAUGAGACUGUUGAAUUAGAUACUAAUGUUCCAAAAAUGCUUUGUCAGUUAGAUAAUCAUCUUGCGUGUGUGAACUGUGUGAGAUGGAGCAACAGUGGAUUAUUGGCGUCUGGUGGUGUAGAUAAAUUAAUUAUGAUUUGGAGAUUGUCUGGUGGAUCUGGUGGAAGUUCUAUUUUUGGUGGAAAAGCCAGUGUGGAGACUUGGAGAUGCAUUGCAACAUUGCGUUCUCAUGAAGCUGAUGUGCUAGAUCUGGCUUGGGCACCGCACAGUCCAUGGUUGGCUUCAGCUUCGGUGGAUAACAGUGUGAUUGUAUGGGACGCAUCCAAAUUCCCUGCUGUAGUCGCUGUGCUGAAAGGCCAUACAGGUUUUGUAAAGGGAAUUACCUGGGAUCCAGUGGGAAAGUAUUUGGCAUCUCAGUCUGAUGAUAAAACCUUGAGAGUAUGGCGUACUACAGAUUGGACAGAAGCAGCAUUAAUAUCUGAACCUUUCGACGAAUGUGGUGGGACAACUCAUGUUCUGAGGCUCUCCUGGAGUCCAGAUGGACAGUAUUUAGUAUCUGCCCAUGCUAUGAACGGAGGAGGUCCUACGGCGCAAAUAAUAGAAAGGGAUGGUUGGACGCAGGAUAAAGAUUUCGUUGGUCAUAGGAAGGCGGUAACUUGCGUUAGAUUUAACGGCAAUAUCCUACAGAAGAAGCAGCCGGGUUCAUCAAAACCACAACAAUACUGCUGCGUCGCGAUAGGAUCGCGAGAUCGUUCCUUGUCCGUAUGGCUAACGUCGUUAAAACGACCCUUGGUCGUAAUACACGAAUUGUUUACUCAUUCUGUGUUGGACGCGAGCUGGUCACCCUGCGGCCUUCGACUUGCAGCAUGUUCGUGGGAUGGAACGGCUGUGUUCAUCGAAUUUACUCAACAAGAAUUGGGACAACCACUUGACCCUGCCGAGCAAAGUAGUCUGCAUGAACGAUUGUACGGCAAACCAUUGGUUCAAGGAGGUUGCAUGGUGAUGGAGGCACCAGAACUGCUCAAUUUGAAGCCACCAGCACCGGCGAAUCAACCUUCUCAAGUCCCAUCCACCCCAAGUGUUCCUCCACCCACUACAGUCCAUACCACUACAGUCACUCCGGUUAAAGGACCUAUCAAUAAGCAAAUUGAAACGAGAACUUCAGACGGCAAAAGAAGAAUUACUCCAAUGUUCAUCCCGCCGCCAGCAGAUACGGCGGAUACGACGAUCGGCGGCAGCUUAGGCACACCAACAUUCAUCAGCAAGGUACAGACGAAAAGUUCGAUCGUAAUAGAAAAACGCAACGACGUCGUCGCCCCAAAUGUCACUUCGUCGUCCGUAAAGUCAGCUACUGUCGACACCUCAGGGUCGACCCUCACGUUGAAACGUAGAGAGCAGUCGACGCCAAGGACGCAUCACUCUUCAUUCGCUAAAAAACCCAGAUUCAUGUUUGACAAAAGUACUGGACAAAUGUUACUGCCUCCUCUCAAGCCGUCCAGUUCAUUGUCUCAGCAGGCCGGUCACUACGCCGUGACGGUCACCAAUAGUCAAGGUUUAGCGCAUCUGCAAGUGUUCAGAGGUACAGACUCUGAACCUACGUGGGAUCUCUAUUUAGGAUAUAGUGCCGUGGCGUUAGCAGCAUCACCGGCUGUGAUAGCCUUGGGCUUGGAGGAUGGAAGCCUUCAUACGUUUCAUCCUGCCAAAGGCUGUCGUCCAGCACCGCCUUUGGCGCCCCCAGCUCCAUUGGCGAAGGUUCACGCUGUCGGAAAUGCGGUGAUGAUAAUAUCAAGCUGCGGUGCGGUCCGCGUGUGGGAAAUAGGGAAUACGUGUAGAAUGAUUGUUUCGACCUCAGCUGCUCAUUUAGCGGCGCCUGGGACGUCCCUGUUGUCGUGUACGCUUUAUAACGGGAUGCCCCAUCUGGCAUUUACUAACGCGCGAGCAUACAUGUACCAUAAAGACAUGGGAACGUGGUUAUUAAUCGGAGAUAGCCAAGACCCAGUGUGGCGUUGGUCAUCGUUCAAUGUGUUGAGCACAUCAGGGAGUAGAGCGCCUAGAGGGCCUUUAUCGUCGCUGCAGGAGGGCUUGCUCAAGACUGCCGGCAACACUUUGCCAAAUCCACGUUUGCCACAUAGCGCACCGAGCGUGGUGUCCUAUUUGGAGCAACAGUUAUUGGCUUCUAAGGCUCUUGGAAGCGCUCAAGAAUACGUUCAUUGGCUGAUGGCUUUGGUGUCGUUCUUGUUAACUCAAGACGGUUUGGAAAGACGUCUGAGGUUAAUCUUGGACGAUCUCCUUGGCCCGAGUCACACAUCAGCCUCGAAGAGCGUAUGGGAUCCUGCCAUUUUGGGUAUAAAAAAGCAUAAGCUGUUGGGUGAUGUAUUGGCUGUGGUCGGUGGCCAUCUUCGUUGGCAAAGAUUGUACCUCGAGUAUUCCGAGCAACUGGCGACGUUGAAGAACCCGACCAAUUGAUUCAUCAUAACGCGAGUGACAUUGUUCCGAAACUCAUUCUUUUCCAUGUGACAUCAUGUAUAUUUUUGAAUGUAUGAUGAAAGAAGCAAGACUGUAUAGUUUUUUAUAACGUUCGCAGUGUGACAUAAGUUGACGUAAGUGUACAUUAUAA